CUUUUCAAGCCACGUUGACAAGUGACAAUUGACAGAACACAGUGGCGGCUCGUCUCGAUUUAAAUUAAGAAAUAAAUUAAAAAACUGACUUGUGCCCCCUGACGAGUUGUAAAGUUAACCACAGUCGGCUACUAUUCCAUUGGGGUACUAUCUCUAUCAGGUUUUUACCACCAAUUCUUGUUUUUUUCAUUGAUGUGUUGACAUAACCUCAAAAUGUUGGAUAACGUGGGGGCUAAAAUCAGCCAGUUUUUAAAUCGGCGUUCAGUGAGAUACGGUCUGCCGUUCCUACUUGUCGUUCUGGGGGGCUCGUUUGGGCUUCGCGAAUUUGCGCAAUUGAGAUAUCAAUUUUCGAGAGUCUCGAGUGUGAAGCCUGAGGAAAUGAAGAAGUUGGGGGUGGAAAUGAAGAAACCGGGGGAGGUCACACUGGAGUCGGAAUACGAGAAGAUUAAGAAGAUUGAUAUUGAUAAUUGGGAGCAGGUUCGGGGGCCCCGGCCGUGGGAAGAGAGCACACAAUAAUUAAUUGUAAAUAAAAUUUUCAAGUCUU